GGAGGCAGACACAAGUGCGUUUCGCGCUGCUUGAAUAUGCUUAUAUGCUGUCUCAAGAGCGUUCCAUCUCGCGACCAGUGUCCUUAUUCCUGCUCGGAUCGCAACACGCGGGGGUGGCUCGAACAGGAGGAAACCCGACGUGUCCUGCUCGACCGUCGCGUUUGCUCGUCCUCGAGCGGCCCGCCCCCCGCACGUCACUCAAGGCACAGCACACAUGCACCCAAACCUCACGUUGCCUUCUGCCUGCCUCCUCCCUCCCUCCCUCCCUCCCUCUUGCCGUGAAUCGAAUCAGUCAAGCCAGUAGUCUGCCCAGCUGUGCCUGCCUAAAAUUGCCGCUCAGCAGACAGCACCUGACCAGCAAAUCGGCCCGUGGCCAAACGACGCCAACGUAUUUUCCUCCAGUCGGGGCCUCGGUUGCACAACCGAGGUGCCCUCUCGCAGUUCGCUGUACACCAACACACAUGGGCGCUCGGACGGUCGUGAAAAGGGUCACAGUAGACCCGGCAGCCACGGCACACCAAUCAGCUGGUGAGGUCGAGUCUGCCCUCCUCCUUGGCUCGAGCCACAAGGUACUCGAUGGCGCUGCGGACGAAGUAAAAGUUGGAGCUCUCAUAGUCGUCCUCAGGGAUAGUGAUGUCAAGCUCCUCCUCAACCCUGCAGCACACACACAGACGGACACACACACGGUGGCAUGCAAUGCCACGCAGUGGGGCGCUGCACUGCAACUGGUUGUGCAGGUGACUUCCCCCUCCCUCUCCCUCUCCUGCCCACCUUGCGAGCGCCUCAACCUGCCCGACACUAUCGAGCAUGAGGUCGAAGUUGAUGUGGUCCUCCUCGCUGAUCUCGUCGACGCUCUUGCACGACACGUCGGCCAGCACCUCCUUGACAGUGAUGACGAUGUCAGACUCUCGCAGCACCGGCUUGCUGCUCGUUGCUGCCAGAAGCCUCAGAUGCGUCGGUCGAGGGGGCGAGGGAGGGGAGGGGAUGAAAGAUGGAGCCGCCGCCGCAUCAGAAAGGCUCAGGAUAGAGAGGAAAGAGGAGAGAAUCAGAUGCACGAUGGAGACCAU